AAAGGCGGCGCUGCCAAACACCAGGAUCAUUUCUGCUCGGGACAUUUCUGCUCUGAUCAGGACCAACGACAUGAACAAGAAUGGGAUCUUUCUGCUGGGGAUUCUGGCGGCCGUCUGCGUCGCCCAGGUGACCGCCACCUUCUUCUCCCACCCGCGCUGCCGCUGCCACGGCCGGUCCCGGUUCUGCCUCUGGGACUCGGGCGGCCUGCGCUGCCUCUCCUGCCGCGGCAACUCGGAGGGCCGGCACUGCGAGCGCUGCCGGGACGGCUUCUACCUGGCGGCGGGCCGGAGCUGCGAGCCGUGCGGCUGCCACCCUGCGGGCUCCACCGCCGCCACCUGCGACGGCAGCGGCCGCUGCAGCUGCAGGGCCGGAGUCACCGGUCCCAAGUGCGACCGCUGCCGCGACGGAACCCUCGGACCCGACGGCUGCACCCAGAGUCGUCAGACCAGAGAGGAUUCUGGGAGUUUGAGUCCUCCGUGUUUCUGCUACGGACACAGUAGCCAGUGUUCCCCCGGGUCCGGCUACUCCAUCCACCGCAUCACGUCCACCUUCAGCACCGGUCCGGAGGGCUGGACGGUGACGACGGCGCAGGGCGUUGCCCCCGACAACGUCCACUUCCGCUGGUCCCCCAAGCACCAGGACGUGGAGGUGAUCUCCAGGAGCAGCCUGCCCACCUACCUGAGCGCGCCAGAGUCCUUCCUGGGGAACCAGCUGCUGAGUUUGGGUCAGAACCUGUCCUUCUCGCUGCGCCUGGACCGCGGGGUUCGAUACCCGUCCACCAGCGACGUGAUCCUGGAGGGCGGCGGCCUGAGGGUGGCGGCGUCGCUGGGGAACCUGCGCUCCGUGGUUCCCUGCGGACAGAAGAUCCGCUACAGCUUCAGACUGGACCAGGAACCCGCCGGCAGGUGGAGGCCUCAGCUGUCCCCGGGCCAGUUCCAGAAACUCCUCCAGAACCUCACGGCCCUCAGGAUCCGCACCACGUUCGGAGAAAAGGGGCGCGGUUACCUGGACGACGUGAGCCUGGUGUCGGCGCGGCCCGGACCCGGGACCCCCGCCGGCUGGGUCCAGACCUGCACCUGCCCCCGGGGGUACGAGGGCGAGUUCUGCCAGCGGUGCUCCGCUGGAUUCAGGCGCAGCGUCCCGGCGGACGGAGCCUUCGGCGCCUGUGAACCCGGCUGCGACCCCAACACCGCGGACUGCUACUCCGCAGACGAGACCCCCGCCGAGCGCCGCUGCGCACCAGGACUUUACCGGGACCCCAGGAACCCGGAGGCCUGCACCAGCUGCCCCUGUCCCGCCGGGGGCUCCUGCUCCCUGGUGCCUGGUGCCCGGGAGCCUGUCUGCGACCGCUGUCCACCAGGAACCGCCGGUCCCCGUUGUGACGUCUGCACGGAAGGUUUCCACGGCGACCCCAGCGGCUCCGACGGCGUGGCGCGACCCUGCGAACCCUGCAGCUGCAACGGCCACAUCGACGUGGGCGCGGCAGGAAGCUGCGACCGCGGCACCGGCGAGUGUCUGCGGUGUCUGAACCACACCAGGGGGCGCCACUGCGAGGACUGCGUCCGGGGCUUCUACCACAGCCGACCCAGCGACGCCUGCCAAGCCUGCCGCUGCGACCCCCAGGGCUCCGAGUCGGACCAGUGUGACGGAUCGGGCCGCUGCCGCUGCAGACCGGGCUACGAGGGUCGGAGGUGCCACCGGUCCAGCUGCCCCGCCUGCUUCACCCCCGUCAAGGCCAAGAUGGAGGACUACGCCGCCAGGCUGCAGGAGCUGGAGACUCUGUACUCGGACCUGGAUGCCGGUUCCACGCCGGGCGGCGGCGCCGACAUGCUGGCGGCGCUGAGGGCGGUGGAGGAGCUGGUGGAAAACCUGCAGGAGAACGCCCAGGAGCUCACGGACGUGGAGGCGGGGCUCCAGGCCCGGCUGGCCGCCCUCAGCAGGACCCGGGGGGCCGAGGCCCGGGAGGUCCAGAACCUGGCCGCCGCCGCCGCCGACAUCAGCCGGCGGCAGCAGGAGAACCGGGCCGAGGUGCAGGACCUGGAGACGCUGCUGGACACCAUGAGACGAGACCUGGGGGACGCCAAGACGGCGCUGCGCUCCGCCGACCUUCCUCUCAGCGAUGAGCCGCAGGGUCCUAGUGCCCUAACCUCGCUGGCGAAGACGGCCGCGGCUCUGGCCGACAAACACCGGACGAAGGCCGCCCUGGUGGAGCAGACGGCCGACGCGGCUCUGAGCGACUCGGAGGAGAGUCUGGUUCUGGCCCGGACCCUGCUGACCCGGGAGAACGGCGUGAAGGAGCUGAUCGGGGACCUGAGGAGCAUGUACGGCCAGACCUCGGCCCGGGUCAAGGGUCUGCAGGACCGGGGGACCCGGCUGGGAGAGGAGGCGGCGGACGAGAGCAAGCUGGCCGACGGCAUGUUGAGGGACAUCGCUAGCAUGGAGCGCCGCGUCCCCCCGCCCCUGGAGGACGAGCGGGUCGCCAUGGUUACCAGGCUGGACCGGGCGGCCCAGGCGGUGGAGGACGCCGUCUCCGGGAUCCAGGACCUGCAGGACGCCGCGCAGCCCAACCGGGCCGCCGCCGAGGUCCUGCUGGCCGACGGGACGGCUGCCCAACAGGACUACCAGAAGCUGCUGGAUCGGGUCAACGUGGCCAAGGGAGACACCGAGGACGCCCUGAGACGCAUCACCGGCAACACCGGCGAACUGGACGGCGCCCUGGAUGGCCUGAGAGGCUUCGACCAGCAGAUUGACGACAGCAAAGCUCUGGCCGCCGCCGCCGUCCGGCGCCUGCCGGGGAUCAACGCCACCGUCCAGAACGCCGUCGGCAACAACGCCAAGACGCGGUCUGCCCUGGACAACGUCUCCAAAGACUACGACGGCGCGCUAGAGUCCAUGAAUGUCCUGGAGAACCUGGUGGACGGCCUGGAGAAAACCUUCGGAUCGCUGCCAGCUCAAGCCGGUUUGGUGGAAGCCACCCAGCUGAACGGCGAGGUGAAGGACCUGCAGAAGAGGGCGGGCGCCGCGGCCGGAGACCUGGCGGCUCAGCUGGGCGAGGCCACGCAGCUGGAGGCUGAAGCUGAGGAGGCGGCGGACGGCGCUCAGGCAGCCUUCAACAACGCCAGACGGACCAAGGACGCCGUGGCGACGACGCUGCGAGACGUCAACAACCUGCUGGCCAACAUCAAUCGGGGCGACGCGGUGGACGAGCAGCAGCUCCUCCGAUUGGAGGAGGCUCUGGCCGACGCCCAGAAGGGGGUGGAGUCUGGGCUGAGGCCCCGCCUCCAGGAAGUGACGGAGCAGGAGGAGGCUCGGCGCCGGCGGCUGAGCCGCCUCGACCUCGACAUCGACGGCCUGCUGGCCGACAUCGCCAACCUGGAGGACGUCCUGGCGGCCGUGCCCCGCGGCUGCUACAACGCCCCGCCCAUCGAGGAGCCCUAAUGCCACGCCCACUCCCCGCCCUGGCCACGCCCACUCCCCGCCCUGGCCACGCCCACUUCCCGCCAACCCCACGGACGUUUCCACGGAAACCCCGGCACCAAACAUCGUCUCUGCAUUUCUGUCAGUUACUUUAACUUUCUAACUUAAAUAUCACUAAACUUUACAUUCAGAAAAUCACGAGCACUUUAAAAGAGACGUUUUGAUCAUUUCAAGGUUGUGAAGGUUUUUUUUUUUAUCAAACACGUUUGUCUUCAGGUAUAAUUUAAGGGAUAACACUGUUUUGUGUUAGUGAGUGAAUGUAUUUAUAUUAACCUUUUAUACACUUUGUGUUGUUCUUAUUGUUAAAUGUGAGUUUUU